AGGCAGUACUUUUUUUUUAAUUUUGUCUGGGUUCCGAUCUUUCUGGUUUUUAAUUUUGUCUGGUUUCCUAAAAAACAUAACUUUGAGCAUUCUCAUGUGUAAAAUUUGCUGAUCAAUGUUAUAUUAAAUAUAUAAACAAAAAUGGAAGCAUUUCGCAAACCCCGUGUUUGUAAAGUUUGUAAAAAACGUUUUGUAUUUAAAGAGAACUUUAAAAUGCACAUGAAAACGCAUCCUAAAAACCCUUAUGUUUGUGAAGUGUGUGAAAAACGAUUUACAAAAAUAAGUGAAUUAAAAAAACACAAUGUAAUUCAUACUGCAGAGAAACCUUAUGUUUGUGAAGUCUGUAAUAAAUAUUUUAAACGAAAAUGUACUUUAGGAAUGCACAUGAGAUUACAUACUGGGGAAAAGCCAUACAUUUGUGAAGUGUGUCAGAGGUGCUUUGCACAAAGUUAUUCUUUACAAAGGCACAAGAGAACACAUUCUGGAGAGAAACCUUAUGUUUGUGAAGUCUGUGAAAAAUCUUUUCGAUAUCGUAGUGGCUUACAAAUUCAUUUGAAAAUUCACACUAGAGAUAGAUCUUAUGUUUGUGAUGUGUGUGGAAAAGGCUUUGCCCUAAAGGGUGAUUUAAAAAAACAUAUUUUGGCAACACAUUCCAGAGUUAAACCUUAUGUUUGUGAUAUGUGUGGAAAGGGCUUUUCCCAAAAGGGUGAUUUAAAAGCACAUAUAAGAACACAUACUGGAGAGAAACCUUAUGUUUGUGAUGUGUGUGAAAAAAGCUUUUCACAAACUUGUCAUUUAAAAAGUCAUAUGGCAACACAUUCUGCAGAGAAACCUUAUGUUUGUGAUAUGUGUAAUAAGUCUUUUGCACAUAUUAGGUAUUUAAAAAAACAUAUACAUUUACACAAUGCUUAAAAACCUUGUUUGUGAUGUGUGUGAAAAAGCUUUUCAUGAAUAGUAGGUACUAUAAAAACACACAUGGCAACACAUACAACAGAAAAACCUUAAGCUUAUGAAAUGUGUGUAAAG